ACAGAAAAAUCCCAAAAAGCUAACACCAGAGCUGCUCUCUCUCUCUCUCUCUCUCUCUCUCUCUCUCUCUCUCUCUCAUGGCGGAAAAUCUCUUCAAUUCCCAUCGAUCCAUCUCCUGACACAUCCCCUUUCUCUCAUCCUUACCUCAUUCCUCUCUUCAUUCUCAGAUCUCCAUCUGCAUUUUUUUGUCCACGCAUCAAUGAACUUAGGAUUGCCGAUUCAGAUCUUCCGCUCUCUCAAUCAUACGAUCAAACUCCUCUUUCUCUAAAUCCCCAUUAGCAUGUCGAAGGAAACCUCCACACUCCGAUUCAUCGGACGCAGCAGUUCUCGGAAUCCUCAGCCCGAAGGAAACGAGAACGAAUUUGAAAAUCCCUUAAAUCCAAUCCUUUUCCCUCCUCCAAGGACUCCUCUCAAUACAAUCCAAGAUCCCUCGCAAAACCCAGAUAUCGAAUCCGAUUCAAAGGCCAGAUUUGAAAUCAAUCAGGUCCGUCGAUUUUUAGAGAAGAAAGCCGAUGCAGCAGACUAUGUGACUCCAAGGACUGGACGUGGGAAAUCUCAUUCGGAGCCGAAUUCGGUGCAUAGUACGCCUGCGAGGAGCAUUUUGAGGGUAUCUAACAAUGGGGGUUCAGGAGCUUGCACUGGCAGCCGGCCUCCUCAGUAUGCAGGAGCGAGAGGAGGGGGAUUUUCUAAGACUUCAAGAGGUAUAUCGGUCGCAUCGGCAUCUUGGCCUUCCAUUGAGGUUCCGCAUUUUGAGCUCACCAAGGAUUCUUCGUUCUGGAUGGAUCACAACGUGCAGGUUUUGAUAAGGGUUCGACCUAUCAGUAGUACAGAAAGGGCUUUGCAAGGGUCCGGUAGAUGCUUGAGGCAAGAGAGUGCACAAACUUUAACGUGGCUAGGGCAUCCAGAGACCAGAUUUACCUUUGAUCAUGUAGCAUGCGAGACUAUAUCACAGGAAAAACUUUUCGAGGUUGCAGGCUUGCCAAUGGUGGAGAAUUGCAUGUCUGGGUAUAAUAGUUGCAUGUUUGCAUAUGGCCAGACUGGGAGUGGGAAGACAUAUACUAUGAUGGGUGACAUAUGUGAGAUGGACAAUGAACUUAGUGAAGAUUGUGGGAUGACACCUCGUAUUUUUGAAUAUCUAUUUAUGCGAAUUAGAGAGGAAGAGGAGAACUGGAGAGAUGAAAGAUUGAAGUAUAGUUGCAAGUGUUCCUUUCUUGAGAUAUAUAAUGAGCAGAUAACAGAUCUCCUUGAGCCAGCAUCAACCAAUCUGCAACUGAGAGAAGACAUGAAGAAAGGUGUACAUGUUGAAAACCUUAAGGAAUACGAGGUGACAACUGUCAGGGACGUUCUCAAACUUCUCUUACAGGGUGCUGCAACCAGGAAAAUUGCAGCAACCCACAUGAACAGCGAGAGCAGUCGUUCCCACAGUGUCUUUACUUGUGUCAUUGAGAGCCGAUGGGAGAAAGAUUCCAUGGCACACAUUCGCUUUGGAAGGUUGAAUUUAGUGGAUCUUGCUGGUUCAGAGAGGCAGAAAAGCUCUGGUGCAGAAGGAGAGCGCUUAAAAGAAGCUGCAAAUAUCAAUAAAUCUUUAUCGACUCUUGGUCUUGUGAUCAUGACUUUGGUGGACGUAGCACAUGGAAAACAACGGCAUGUUCCCUACAGGGAUUCAAGGCUCACAUUUCUCCUUCAGGACUCUCUUGGUGGAAAUUCAAAAACAACAAUUAUUGCAAAUGUCAGCCCAUCUAUUUGCUCUGCCAAUGAAACAUUAAGUACUUUGAAGUUUGCUCAGCGGGCCAAACUUAUUCAGAACAAUGCUAAAGUGAAUGAAGAUGCCUCAGGUGAUGUAAUGGCAUUGCAACAGCAAAUACAGCAGUUAAAGGAGCAGCUGACCUUUCUCAAGCAUCAGAAUGUUUCGAGGUACCUAUCUCAUCACUUGCCAAGUUAUGACCAAGUCAAUUUUGGGGACUUACAGUUAGACUACGAUUCUUCUCUGGAAGAAAAUGUCCCCAGUGCUUUCAACCAUCCAAGUCUCCCAAACAAGAAGAUGAAAUACCUGGAAUCUACUUUAGCUGGUGCCCUGAGGAGAGAGAAAAUAGCAGAAACUACUAUCAGGAGGCUAGAAGCUGAAAUUGAACACAUGAACCGUUUGGUCAACCAAAGAGAAGAGGAUGCUCAGCGUACUAAAAUGCUGCUAAGGUUCCGAGAGGAGAAAAUUAGAAGACUGGAAUUGCUUGCAGAUGGCUUAUUCUCUGCCGAUGAGUAUCUCAUGGAGGAAAACAAUGCUUUGUCUGAAGAAAUUCAAUUAUUGCAAGCAAGAAUUGAUAGGAAUCCUGAACUAACACGAUUUGCCAUGGAGAAUAUAAGACUCAUUGAGCAGCUAAGAAUGUUCCAAGAUUUCUAUGAACAAGGGGAACGCGAGACAUUAUUAGCUGAAGUUUCUGAAUUGCGGGAUCAGCUUUUGGAAGUCCUCAAGUGGAGAUACGACCAGUCUCCACUCCCUUCAAGGAGAACAUCUCAGGAUGAAAUAGAAGUAGAGCAAGCUGCAUCUUCUGCUGCUCAAGAAAGAAAACCAUUAAAUAUGGAGGUUGAUAGCACCCUAGAGGAGUUGGAAGAUUGUAGGAAGAGUCUUGCUGCUUGUCUAGAAACUAAUGCAAGACUGACUAGGGAAGUUGAUGAUUUGCGUUGCCAACUGAAAAAAUAUUCAGACUGUAAAGAAACCAGUCUUCACACUGUUGAUUCCUUAUCCAAGGAUAGCGAUCCAGUAAAGACAAUGAAUGCACAUUCAUCUGUUGAGCUUAUACCUGUCAGAACGGAACCAGAAGACGGGGCUGCAUCUUUUGGACAAGAGAAGGACAAGCUUACACAGAUUGAAAAUGAUCAGCAUACAGGUGAUAUAGAAACUUUGCAGUCUAGGGAUGCUCAGAAAGAACUGAUGGAUGCAAGAUAUUUGGCUGAGGCUCUGGAAUCACAACAAGUCCAGUUGAUCGAAGAACUGGAUAAUCUCAGGCAAGAAAACAGCCGAUACUUGGAACUCUUGCGGAACAAGGACCAUGCGGUGAGCUUACCUAUGGUUUCACUUCAAAUUCAUGGUGAACUGUCAGAAAGACAUGAGAAAAGCCUGGAUCUUGGCCAUCAAGAUGCAAAUUGGAUGAUGGAAUGCGGAGGCAUCACAAAAUCAGCCUUGCAAGAAAAAUUGGAAAGAAUGAAGAGGGACCUUGAGGAGGCCAGAAUGUUGAAUUGCCAAUACCAAUAUGAUCAGUCAUCGCAGCUAUCACACCAGCAUGAUAUUGAACAAGUCCGUGAGGAGGUUGAGGUAGAGACAGCUAAAGCAAUUCUUUACUUACAAGAAGAGCUGGCUACUCUUCAUCGGGAAGUUGAUUCCAGGAACGAAAGUGAAUCAUCUGCGAUAAGGCACUCUUGGUGUUUGAAAACUGAAAAUCAAGAGCUUCAGGGUAGAUUAUGCAUCAUGACCCAAGAAAAUAUCAAACUGAAAAAUGCUAUUGCUGCUAGGGACAAUGAGAUAAGUGCAUUGACCAAGGAGUGGGAGAAGGCAAUGUUUGACCUAACAAGCUUUCUUGUAGAUGGCUGCCAAUCGCUUGAAGAUGCAUCUGAUCAGAUUGGAAGUAUUGUGAAUUCAUUUUCCCAUAGAAAGUUUUUGAUUGGUGAAAAGGUUGAAAGAGCCAUGAAAGUCUUCAUCAAGAAGGAAAAGAUAAUUCUAGACCUACAGAAGAGGCUAGAAGAUGCCCAGAAGCUAGGGCUGGAAAUGAAGCAAAAGUUGAGCUCAUUGAAGGGAGCAACACUAGCCAUCAGUGAAGUUCAGCAGCUGGAGAGCGAUGAAAAUGCAAAAGAAGCAAUCCAGUUAAGAAUGCUGCUGAAUGAGAAAAUGUCAACAAUAUAUAACUUGGAGAGUAAACUUAAAAAUAAGGAGGAUCAGAUAAUUGAAGCAGAAAAACGGGCCAAUGCUGCAUUCUUAACAGUCAAAAGGCUGCAUGAGAUGACCAUUGCAAAUAGUGACAGAGCCCAAGAUAUUAAUGCUGAUCCAAAUGGUCAGGCACUAGGAGAAAUCAGGGUUCAAGUUGAGAUGGCAAGGCAAAGAGUAUUGGAUUCUGAGAAUGCCAUUUAUGCAUCUUUCAUGGAUACCGAGAAGUAUUUGUCUGCCCUCCUAUCCGACAUACUUGAUACUUCUUCUGCAGUCCGGCAAAUGGUUCAAGAUUUAACUAAUGAAGUCUGUGCCAUGAAGAAAAAAUUCAUGGAGUUGAAAGAAGGAAGUUCAAAGUUUUCAGAUUUUUCAGUAGAUUUUCCAUCAUUUGAAGCUUCUGAGUCUAGUAAUCCCGAAAUUCAGUAUGCCCUGAUGCAAUUUAUAAGAAACGAACUUGCCAAAACAAACGCAAAACUGGAUGCCCUCAAAACUGGCAUUGACACACUCUUUAAUAUGUAUGGGUAUUCAGCAAAGGAGGGGGCCCCGGCAAUGGUGGGCUUGAAUAUGCUGGUUUGCAAGGUUUGUAAGAGCAGAUUGUCUCAGCCGAAAUAUGAAGUCUGCAGCAAUGACCAUGGCACUGAGGAGAUGAUGAAGACAAUAUCAGAAGCAUCAAUUGCUGAUCCUUCAGUUUCAGACUUUGAUCUUUCUCUAACAGAUACUGAUGGGAAGGAUGAAUCAGAUGAAUCUUCAUCAUCUAUUUCUGAUACUGGUUGUUCAGGGAAGUUAGUUGAGCGAAACCAGGAUUUACUCCUCGAAAGGGACUCAACAUUUAUUCCUGGUGACCAUGACAUGCUAGAGUUCCAAGGUCAUGUGAGUAAUUUAACUCAUGAUGAUGCGGAGAUACUCUGUUUGAGGGAAGAGGUGGAGUCUGCAUUCAGUAGCUUGUUGGAAAUACAUAUUCAAUUGAGCACACUUAUUGAUGGCAAAGAAGUGGCAACACAUCCUAAUGCACGAGAAACGUAUUUCUAUGAUUCACUUGAUGGUGGAACCAACAAUCCCCAAUUAGAAGUGGAUCACAGGCAAGAAUCUAGUCAGCUUGCUAUGCUGGCAAUGGGUCAACUUCCGCAAAAAUUUGAGCGAAGGAUGGUGGAAGCUGAAGCAGGCUGCUGCAAAACAAGAGAGAUGUGUUUCAAGCUCAAUGAUGCGAAGCUAGUUGCUGAAGAGAAGAUGAAGCAAGCCAACUGUUUGCUUCUGAAAUUUGAGGAGGCCCAAGAAACCAUCAAAGAAGCUGACCUCAUGCUAAACGCAUUGUUGAAAGUAAAUGAAAAUGCAAAGAACAAGACAAAUAGGUGGAAGCAAGCUGGCAAAGAGCUGAUGACAGAGAGGGACACCUUGAUCGAGGAAGUUUGGCAGCUAAAGGCUUCUAUUCAACUGAAAGAAGAAGAGCUUGGAUUCUUACGGGACCAAAUUCAGGCUAUUCCAGCGGAAAUUGCAGAUGCAUUGUCUUCACUUGAAGGAUCUUUUCUACAAAUGCAGUUGAAUGUAGAGGAGGAACUUAAGACAAUAUCUUCUGAUAUUUUUUCCUCAGGGGAGGUGUUACUGAACUGCAUUGGUACCUCAAGAUUGUGGCUUGAAGGUAUAUGGUCUAAGAUAAUGGAGAAAGAAUUUACUCUGUUUGUGCAACAUCAAUGUCACAUAGGAGCCUUGUCUGAGGAAAUUUUAAAAGUAGAUUCUAGAUAUCUUCAUGAUGGACAGAACAAAUCCUGUUCAGUGCUAAGCACUGUGGGCAGCAUUAUCAUGAACGGUAAGGGAGAAGAGGUUCAGACAGAACACUCGAAGCAUGGAUUAUCUGGUUCAGGAGUCAGUAAGGUAUUCCAAACAGUCCACAUUGCUGUUGGAUCUCUUGCUUGUGCAGAUUCUGUGAAUUGUGAGAGGGCGUAUCUUUCAUCAGACUUAAAACGUUCAAUAGAAAGAGUAGAAAAAUUGGAGAAAGAAAAAUCAGAGUUAACACAUGAUAUAUUGUUGAUAAAAGAAGCCAUCACCAAACAUCUGGCUUAUUUAGAAAAGUUCGACAAAGAGUUGGCCCCAUUUCACAUAAUUUCAGAUGGUGCAGACUGUCUGAUCAGAAACCGGAAUGCAAAGGCUGGUGCUAUUGCAGCACAACUGUUUGAUAGUAAGGGGUUAAUAUCGUCAACGAACACUUCUCAUUCCAGCAUGUUUGAGGAGCUUGGAUUCCUGCAUCACAAAAUUCAGAACCAUAUAAUGGGCCCUACAUUGAAUGAGAUUGAAGCAAGAAAACCUGAGGCAGGAGGUGUGGCAAUUGAUGGAGAGGUUCUGCUUGCUGGCAUCCAAGAUCUUAAGGCUCGAUGUGCUCAGAUGAUUGCUGUAAUAACUGAAGCGAAGGAUAAUCCUGAAUUGCCUCUUUCACGUAGAGGGGGUGUGCAUAAAAGUUCAAAUGACAAAGAUAGUGGAAUGCUCAUGCAUGUCAGAAAAAUGGAGACAGGGCUUUUGAACUGUCCAGAAACAAGAUCUGAAUAUGGCCAUCACUCAAUCCAAGCAAUCAAAGAGCUUGGGGAUAAGCUAUCUUAUUUAACGGGCUUCAUCCGCUCUGGGGUGCAUGUUGAAACUGAAAACACAUUUAAUGCCUCUUUCCUUGAGAUACUCUAUCAAGGUAUAUGCAGCAUUGAGGAGAGAGCGUACAGCCUUCUAGCAAGACCACUGGAGGAUGGGGUUGGGCAGACAGAUGUGAUAUUGGAGAAUCUGUCUCUUAAGAGGGAGUUAGCCCGGAAGGAAUAUCUUCUAGAAGGGCUGCUCUUUGAUUUUAGAUUAUUACAGGAGUCAACAUCCAAUGUCAAGGACAUAAAAGAUGAAACAGAGGAGAUGAUAGCUGCUCUGAGCAAGGUCCGGCAUGAACUUGCUAUCAAAACCACUCUACUUGAUGAGACUUUGGUUCGAUACAAAGACCUCGAAGCUCAGCUAGCUGAUACGGAAGCUGCACUCUCUAGUUCAAAAUCUGAAAUUGAGCAAGCCAAAGAAACAUUGGACAUGCUCUCGAAUGAUAACACUGAGUUAAGACUCCUGUUGGAAGAUGUCUAUGUUAAAAAGACCGAUGCUGAAGCGCUGUUGGAAGAAAAGGAGAAUGUUGUCAAAGGUCUGGAGAGAGAAAUUCUCCGGAUGGCUUCUUCCAUCGAGGAAAGUUUCCUCUCUUCCAUUGCAGAGAUUGAGGAUAAAUUGACAAGGGUGACGAAUGAGAGGGAUCGACUCCAAGAAGAGGUGGUCUCCCUAAAUGAUAAGCUUGAAAUGUCGAAUGCUUUAGCUGAUGAGAAUGAAGCCAUUGCUGUCGAAGCUCGUCAGGUUGCGGAGGUAAGUAAAGUAUAUGCUGAACAGAAGGAAGAGGAGGUUAAGAUUCUUGAACGUUCUGUUGAGGAGCUUGAACGUACCAUAAAUGUACUAGAGAGAAAGGUGUAUGAGAUGGGAGACGAUGUAGAAAGACAUCGUUUGAUGAGAGAAGAUUUAGAACUGGAACUCCAAGCUCUGAGACAAAGAAUGAUGACAGUGGAGAAUGUCACUGAAAACUUCGAUGCGGAAAAUUCAAGCGUGGAGGAAAGAGUGGAAUGUCAAAUGUCAAGGAUAAUAGAUGAUAGAUUACUGGAAUUUAUUGAAGCAAAAAGAUGUAUAAGGACUCUAGAAAAGGAAAAGGCAGACCAGGAAAAAGAGAUCAAGCAAUGCAAGGAGUAUAUAUCAGAGUUGGUACUGCAUGCUGAGGCUCAAGCAUCACAGUACCAAGAAAAGUACAAGACUUUGGAGGAUAUGGUUCGUGAAUCAAAAGCAGACCCAUUGACUGCCAAUAUCACAGCAUCAACAACAAAUAAGAUGGAGAGAAGUUCAACUAGGUCAAGGGGUUCUGGCUCACCAUUUAAGUGCAUUUCAAGUUUAGUUCAGCAGAUGAACUCUGAAAAAGAACAGGAGCUGAAAGUAGCCAGGCUUCGAAUAGAAGAGCUUGAGGCAUUGGCUGCUAGCCGGCAGAAAGAGAUAUGUAUGCUGAAUGCAAGGCUGGCAAGAACAGAAAACAUGACUCAUGAUGUGAUUAGAGAUUUGCUUGGAGUCAAGUUGGACAUGACUAGCUAUGCUAACUUGAUAGACCAGCAACAGCUUCAAAAGUUAGCAGAGCAAGCUCAACAACAAACCGAAGAAUCCAAUGCAAAGGAGCAGGAAAUUCUCCAGCUAAGGAAGCAGAUUAAUGAUUUUAUUGAGGAAAGAGAGAGCUGGAUUGAGGAAAUCAAUCAACGGCAAGUAGAAGUAUUAGAUGCCCAACUGACGGUUGAGCAGCAUCAACAACGAGAUCAGUUGCUCACGGCCCAAAAUGAGAUGUUGAAGAUAGACAAGGCUAAUCUCAAGAGGAAGAUUGCAGAAUUGGAUGAGAUGGUGAAGAAACUUUUUGGAUCACAAGACAUCCAAAAACGGGUUCAGCAACCCACGAAGAUCAAGGAGAACAGCUUUCUGAGGAUUGGAAAAGAUGAACUUUCGAAGAGGCUAGCCCAUUCAGAAAAGCUUCUUUCUCGUGUGAAUGAUGAGCUUGCACAGUAUCGCAAAUCUAGUGGCAAGGAUCCCUGUAUCACCAUUGACAAAGAUCGAAGGCUUUUAAACAAACCAUAGGCAAAACGAGAACUUGGGUAGCUUUAAAGCUGAAGCUUGUGCCUGGCAGCAGGCUGCAGAUAGAAAUCUCAGACGGGCACGCGACUUCUUCCAUACAAACCGCACAGCUGUGUGUAAAGAGGACGGGAGUUGGUGUAAUAAAAAAUGUGGCUCAAUUAGUUGUUUGAUUCAUGCCUGUAUAUGUGUGUCUAUUGUGUUAUAACUCUCAGCCCAUUAAUUAUUCUGGCUUUUGAGAGAAAUCUAUUUCUCAUGGGUUUGUUUGUCCGUAAAAAUUCCAAACAAUAAAAGCUGCAGACAAUUUGUGAAAAUAAACAA